AAUUCAGUUUCCCCCAAAUUUCUUCUCUGAGUUCUCUCUCGCUGUUCUUCGAACGAAACUCAAACCCUACUUUGCUUGGCUUGCAAUGGAUUCUAUCCACGCCAACCUAAACGAUCCCCAAACCUAUUCUGCUCAAACCCUCAAUUCAUGCGACCAGCAUCCUCAUCCGCCGCCGGCGACGCCUUCGGAGGCAUUAUCAUCAGAUCAUUCCAAAACCCUAGGAUCUGCUCCUGACGAUGGAUAUGACAAAAAAAAUAGCCAGGUUAAUUACGAAGCCGGAUCCGGCACUAUCAACAAUGUUUCUUCAUCGAAACCUGAGAUUCAUAAGCCCCUGCUAUCGGAAAAUGGGUUAACUAACACGCAGAGCGGCACCACCGAUAAGGAUUGUUCUGGCGGAGAAGAGGAAACCACUAGCCGAAGGCGGAGGAGGAGCCGUUGGGACCCUCCUUCGGAUUCGAACGAAAAACAGAGCGGGAAUGGUGAGACAGGCAGUGGGAACAAGAAGAGGAAGUCCCGAUGGGCAGAUGAUGAGCCUAAGCCGGUGAUUCAGCUUCCUGAUUUCAUGAAAGAUUUCACUGGAGGUAUCCAAUUUGACCCUGAGAUCCAGGCUUUGAAUAGUAGGUUGCUAGAGAUUAGUAGAAUGUUGCAGUCUGGAUUACCUUUGGAUGAUAGGCCUGAGGGUGCUAGGUCACCUUCUCCUGAACCUAUAUAUGAUAAUAUGGGGAUUAGGAUUAAUACCAGAGAAUAUAGGGCUAGAGAGAGAUUGAACAGAGAGAGGCAGGAAAUUAUAUCUCAGAUUCUUAAGAAGAAUCCAGCAUUCAAGCCGCCGGCAGACUAUAGGCCACCUAAGCUUCACAAGAAGCUUUAUAUACCGAUGAAAGAAUACCCAGGUUACAAUUUUAUCGGGUUGAUUAUCGGACCAAGAGGGAAUACUCAAAAGAGGAUGGAGAAGGAAACAGGUGCGAAGAUUGUAAUUCGGGGUAAAGGUUCUGUAAAGGAAGGUAGGUUUCAGCAGAAGAGGGAUAUGAAACCUGAUCCUUCUGAGAACGAGGACUUGCAUGUUUUAGUUGAGGCUGAAACCCAAGAAUCACUUGAUGCUGCUGCAGCAAUGUUGGAAAAGCUCUUGCAUCCUGUUGAUGAAGUUUUGAACGAGCAUAAGAGGCAACAGUUGAGGGAAUUAGCUUCUUUGAAUGGAACGAUAAGAGAUGAAGAGUAUUGUAGAUUGUGCGGUGAGGCGGGUCAUCGUCAGUAUGCAUGUCCUUCACGCACUUCUACUUUUAAGAGUGAUGUUUUAUGUAAGAUUUGUGGAGAUGGCGGGCAUCCAACAAUUGAUUGUCCAAUGAAAGGAACAACAGGGAAGAAAAUGGAUGAUGAAUACCAGAAUUUCUUGGCCGAGUUAGGAGGUACUGUUCCUGAUUCUGCUAGCAAGGAAAACUCUUCAUCUGUUAGUUCUGGAAGCAAUCCUCCUUGGGCUAGCAACAGUGGAAAUGCACACCCCGGUUUAGGGUUCAAUGCUGUUAAGCCUCCUAAGGACUAUGAUGAUACUAAUUUGUACAUUGGAUACUUACCUCCCAAUCUUGAUGACGAUGGUUUGAUCAGUUUGUUCUCAUCUUAUGGUGAUAUUGUGAUGGCAAAGGUAAUUAAGGACCGGGUUACUGGACUGAGUAAGGGCUAUGGUUUUGUGAAGUAUGCCAAUGUUGACAUGGCAAACAAUGCCAUUAAGAGUAUGAAUGGUUAUCGUCUAGAAGGAAGAACCAUUGCUGUGAGAGUUGCUGGCAAGCCACCUCAACCUGCUGUGCCUCCUGGUCCUCCUACACAAUCAGUGGCCACUGGCCUUGUUUCUAGUCAGCCAGUUGGUGCCUAUCCAUCACAGCAAUUUGCAACUGGAGGUCCGCUUAAUAAUAUUGCUCCUGCUAAUUAUGCCGCAAAUUCGGUUCCAUGGGGACCACCAGUUCCUCCCCCCUAUGCACCUUAUGCUCCUCCUCCGCCUCCUCCUGGAUCAACCAUGUAUCCUCCUGUUGCAGGUCAGCCUAUGCCACCUUAUGGCUUGCAAUAUCCCCCACAUGUACAGACUUUUCCCCCAGGUGUCCCACCUCCACCUGUGACUUGUAGUGAAAUGCCACAAAAUUUCCCACCUGGAGUGCAACCUGAAAUCAGUACCUCUGCCCCUGCUGUUUCUACAAAUAUAUAUGGAAACUCAAUGACUGCAAUACUGCCUAGUUCACAAACAGCAUACUCAACAUCUUCCUUAGGUUACUCUUCUUAUUACAGUGCAGUUCCUCCCCCCCUUCCUCCAGCACCUACAUCUUUGGCAGACCAUUCCCAGAGCAUUGGUAAUGUGCCUUGGGCACCAAACCCUCCUUUUCCUCCAGCAGUCUCAUCUGCUGAGAAUGCAACCUAUGGUGCAGAUGCUGAGUAUGAGAAGUUCUUGGCGGAGAUGAAGUGAUGCAGAUACUCCAUUUAAACUUAUAUGCCAAGGACUGAUGUUUCUUGGAGCUGAACUUGAUUUCUUACCUCUUGCCAUAACCUUGUUGGAAGUUUGGAACUCACAUCUUUAACCUUGCUGUACUGUUAUGAACUUUGCAGAUACUUGGCUAAAGUUGAUGAAGCCACAUUCUGGAAAAGGCUGUUCAAAAUUUUUCUAGCAUUAAAUAUUCAGUGCUGUGUAGGAAUAAGUUUUUGUUUUCGAUGAAUGCUUAUUGGUUUCUGUUUAUGUCUGAUAACUAAUGUCCUCCUAAGGUUCCUUUCUCGUGCAUUUCCAGCAGCUGGUGCCCAACAAUUUUUGCUAUUCCGUUUUAUUUCUAAGGGGGGUAUUGUUUAACAGCUUUGCUAAUAUUUUCUGGUUAUAAUGCCUGCUUUAUUUGUAAGGAUAUUAA